AGCGUUUUCUUCGAAGGCCAACCACGAUGGCCGACGACGCCGAGAUCAAGCGCUUGGUGACUGAGACUCUGGAGAUGCAAGGGGUGCUGAGCCAAAUCAAGGCUCAGUUGCGCGCUGCCGUGUACAAUGCAAUGCAUGAAGUGGCACCCGAGCCUACAAAGGUGAAGCGCGACCUCUUCGCGUCGAAAGAAUCGUCGCUUGCAUUGCGAGUAGUGGUGGAAUUCCUUCGGCAAUUCAAUUUACACCAUACUUUAUCCGUUCUCACAGCGGAAGCAUCGUUGACCGAGGCCGACCUGUCGUGUACUCGGCGGGACGUGGCCACAUCGCUUCACUGGUCUUCGCUUGGCACAUCGACAACAGCCCUUUUAGUCGACUUGAUCCAUAAUCAGUCGAAUGGGGCACGCGACGACAAAGCGAAUACACCGUCAUCGAUCGAUUCCGAAUCAUUGCAAAUUCCCAAGAAAUCCUCCGAAGACGCACGAAGCGGCGAUUCUUCGCAGAAUGCCAAGACUGUUCGAGCACCUUCGUUGGAUUUGAAGCCGUUGAAAACUCCAAACAUACUGGGGUUUGCCACAACAGAAUGCAGCGUCCCAACGACAUCAUUUAGUACAACAAAACCAAACACUUCUGUCGAGCCGCACGCCAACGACGAUGACGGAGAAGACGACGAAGAGUCCAUUGCCUCAUCCGUUCAAGAAGCAACCUCCUCCGUCGACAAUGCAUCGCCGGAUAAACCAGCUGCUCGUCAGGAAGUCGCGCCAGCAACGGACAAACCAUCAGCAAAACUUGUCCCCGAGCCGUCCAAGGCAAACGACUUGCCUCCACUUGGUAAACCAUCGCUACUGGGCGCGCUGCCACCCAUGCCUGGUUCCAAGCCCGCGGCAUCUGUCACGACCCCAACCCCGACCGACGGUGGCGAUGACGACGACCAAGAUGAGGACGACGAUGCGGCGCGGUUGCGGGCGCUGGACGCGUCGUUGAAAGCGAUGGAAGCCGAAGACGAUACGGGCACGUUGUCCAAACUCAAAGCGUCGCUGCAGCACGAAUUGGAAGCGAAGAGCGACGACGACGGUAGUCAUUACGGGAGCGAUUUCGAGGAAGAUUUUGAAGAAGAUGCGAUUGCCAGUGAUGUCGAAGAAGACGUGGGCACGUCGAAAACGUCCGACGACGAUGGGGGAUUCAAGCCGUCGGCGGCGGACAAACCUGUCUCUAGGUCUGUGUUGGACACGUACGACCACGUCGAAGACGUCGAGAGGCCGUAGAAUGCUGCAUGCGCGGGGCGUUGGUCGACGCAUCGACCUGUGCUGUCUAACGUCGACACCCGAUUCCAUUGUGCGACAGCGAUCGAUUUGCAUGACAUGCAUCCAUGGACUGGCAAGUGCAAAUGGAGUCCCUUCAGCUGGCUAGUUUGCCACAUGAGUAGUCAAGGGAAUGGAGGGCAAUUCCAGUGCUUGUUUCGUUGCCAUGUGGCUGCAAUGGAUUGGGCUGCUAAUCCUUCAUUUACUCAACGUCCUUGGCUUCGUCCGCCUUGGGCACGAGUUCGUCGAACGGACGACCGAGCAAUCGCUCGACGACAGAACGAUCGUCUUCGCCAAACGCUUCGGGAUGAACAAAGUAGUGCUUGUCUUUGGCUUUGAAGUUGAUCAUGGGGUGCAUCGACUUGUCGGGAAAGGUCGCGUCGGCAAGCUGAAAGUCCGUCGUGGUCUUGGCCGCGAGCAAGUUGAGCGUUUCGACAGUCACAGUUUCCGAGUUACGGUUGAUCCACAAGCGCAGGACGUACGGCUUGAAGAGGACGUGAAACAGGGCGGUGGUCCCCAUCCCAAAUAUCUAGCAUCGCGUUCAGCAACAAGAUGGGCCGGGGGUGUCGACCAUACCAUGACGGUGCCGCACAUGGCCCACUGCGCCACUAGAGACGACGUCACGGAGCCAUACAUGCACGUGAUGGGCAUUCCAAUCGACGUCAACGUGCACGACGUGAUCGAGACCGCCUUCAUCAUGCGCACAGGUCUGGCGAGGGGAGCUUCGUAGAUAAGUUCCUUUGCAUACUCCGGCUUGUCGGUCGCUUCAAUGGAGAAGUAGCGGGCGUGGUUACGGACUCCCGUGGCAGUCGUCCCUCUGUGCAGCUGCCUCAGCAGCACGGGUUGGGCCAGGCGGCGCACCAGCAUGUUUG